CAGGUAAACACCGGCCAUGAAGACACCGUGGCUCUCCCCUCACACAUGGAGGCCAGUUGAAUAACACUCAGGAGCCGCGUGGAGCCUGAGGCAUGGAUCGCUCAGCAUCUGCCCCGCUGGUAGCCUUCCUCCACUGACUUCACCUCCUCCUCCUGCCCAUCUCUUCCUCCACCUUUCCCUCUCUCAUCUACCCCUCGUCCUCCACGCACCAUCCCUUACUCCCCCACGUAUCUGUGACAACUCCGCCACUCCUACAUCAUGGCAGGGGAGAAAGGGCAGACGAAGCGAACCGCGAUGGACAUCAAGCGCCUGGCGAGCCUCAUCCAGAGAGGAACGGGCCGUUUGCUGGUGAUUGACAGCAGAACAUUUUCUGAGUACAAUGCGUCGCACGUGCAAGGUGCGGUCAACGUCUGCUGCUCCAAGCUGGUGAAGAGGCGACUGCAGCAAGACAAGGUGUCCGUCACCGAGCUGCUGCAACCCAACGGCAAGGUGAAGGUGGAGCUGGGCAGGAAGCAGGAAGUGGUGGUUUAUGACCAGAGUUCCAAAGAGGCGGGGCAUCUGUCCAAAGAUGGCUUUGUGCACAUUCUCAUGGGGAAGUUGGAGGGAACCUUCCACAAAGUCUCCCUGCUCACAGGAGGUUUUGCUGCUUUCUCCUCCUGUUUCCCCGGCCUGUGUGAAGGGAAACCUGCCACUGCUCUACCUAUGAGCUUGUCCCAGCCCUGCCUGCCUGUGGCUAACGUGGGGCCCACUCGCAUCCUGCCACACCUCUACCUGGGCUCACAGAAGGACGUCCUCAACAAGGACCUUAUGGCUCAGAAUGGUAUUACCUAUGUGCUGAAUGCCAGCAACACCUGCCCAAAGCCAGACUUUAUCAGCGAGAGCCACUUCAUGCGCAUCCCAGUCAACGACAACUACUGCGAGAAGCUGCUUCCCUGGCUGGACAAAACUAAUGAAUUCAUAGACAAAGCUAAGGUGUCAAACUGCAGAGUCAUUGUGCACUGCCUGGCUGGAAUCUCACGAUCAGCAACCAUCGCCAUUGCGUACAUCAUGAAGACAAUGGGAUUGUCAUCCGAUGAUGCCUACAGGUUUGUAAAGGACCGUAGACCGUCCAUAUCCCCCAACUUCAACUUCCUGGGUCAGCUUCUGGAGUUUGAGAAGGGCCUGCGAUUACUACAAGCUUUGACUUCAACCUCUGAUGACAAGAUAUCCGAAAACAACAGCAAGCAAAGCUCAGAGGUUAACGGAGGUUUCGAGAUGAACAGUCACCACACCAACUACGACUCCUCUCUUGCGGAUGCACACAUCCCAGCAGAACCCAAGCUGCCAUCACCCACAUCCCUCCAGCAAGGCUUCAACGGCCUACACCUCUCCGCGGAGAGGAUCAUGGACACUAACCGGCUUAAACGCUCCUUCUCCCUGGACAUUAAGUCGGUCUACUCCCCAAACAGUCCCAGCCCCUGCCCCAGCCAGGCACCCACACACUCUGAAGACGUCCCAAAGCUGUGCAAGCUUGACAGCCCAGGAACCGGCACCUCCAACGGUGUCUGCUCUCAGUCUCCCGUCCUUGACAGCCCCAGCUCCGCCGACUCACCCUUCCCCUCGCCAGGCAGCGGGGGCAGCAUUGGAGGUUUGGGGCUCCGAGGAAGUGAAGGAGUCCAUCGCACUGGUUCCUCCUCAUCCAGACCCAGGAGGAAAGCCAAGCAUUGCUCCGGCAGUUCCCCAGUCCACUCCCAACCACACCAACCUCCACAGUCCCUGAGCUUGUCGCUGGACCACAAGAGCCCCGGGCUGGACGAGAACGUAAAGGGCUCUCUGCUACUGUCACUACCCUCCCUGCCCACCGCGGGGUCUGGGGCCAUGUGGACCAAACACAGAGACACCGUCCAGGCCACCACUCCCGUCACUCCCGUCACCCCCACCACAGAUGCCCCCUGGCACUUUGGGGCAGUGGAGGGCGGUGUGGGAGAGAUGGAGCUGGGAGGAGGAGGGGGAGGAGGUGGAGGCGGCGGCGGCGAGGAGUCGUCGGUGAGGUUUGGGAGCAGCUCGGCGUACGUGGCGUUUGGGUGCAGCGAAGGUGUGCGGUUACGAGACAAAUCCCAGAGGGAGAAGUCGUCAGCGGCACUGACACAGAGAGACCACCGAGACUCCAUGUCGUCCACAGUGACCCUGUCCAACAGUGCGAACAACAGCGGGCCGUCGUCAGAGAAGCAGUUCAAGCGGCGCAGCUGUCAGAUGGAGUUCGAGGAGGGCAUCUCUGAGACGCGAUCCCGAGAAGAACUGGGGAAGAUCGGGAAGCAGUCAAGCUUCUCCGGGAGCAUGGAGAUCAUCGAGGUAUCCUGACAGAUAAUGGACAUGAUCAGGGCUGUCCCUUGGGGGCAAAAAUGGACCUGGUUAGAGGGAGUGCAAGAGGAGAACAUAUGACGAAGUAGAAGAGGCUUUUAUCUUGCUCCCCUCACGGACAGUGUUAAAGACUCCAACUGAGAGAAGGACAAACGGAUACACGAGCAGAGAGUUAAUGUGAAACGGCCUGUGAUGUGACGUGGUGCUUUGCCAUCCUGAACUCUCAAACAAAUCUGAAUAAAAGUCUGGGGGAGGGUGGGGUAAAGGGAUUGACUGUAGGUACUGAAACUCUUAAUUUUCUUUUUUAGCUCUGUCACAGACAAAAAAAGAAAACGACCCAGGAC